UGACUCUUGAGGGGCAGCGUAGAAAAUGUGCUGGUGGUGAAAGAGAUUAUCUUUCAUAAUUUAACAUUAUCCUAUAUCACAACCAAAGUAUUCAAAGUUAUCCUCACUGUCCACUUAAAAGAUGAACAAUACCUCAUGUAUGUAUGUAUCCUGUCAGACAUACGACAUAGAAGUACCACAUCAGUUGUACCUCAUAGUGGUACCGAAAGCCGCAGUGAGGAGUUUAUUUAUGAUUUCUACCUCAAAGCACGCAAAGGCGUGGACUUAGCAUGGACUAACUAAUACCCGGGCAGCACUCCAGCCAGCAUGUCCUGGACCAAAUACAUAAAGUACCGGUCCCUGCCCCUGCCUCCUGGAGCCCACACUCAUGAGAGCUUGGAAUAUGCCCAGAAUUUUUCCGUAGAGGAUACGGAUGUAUUUGCUGUGACGUACCCCAAAUCAGGUACAAUCUGGAUGCAAGAGAUCCUCCCGCUGGUACUGAAUGGCGGGGACCUGACACCCAUCCACACCAUCCCCAACUGGGACAGGGUUCCCUGGCUGGAGGAGAAGAGAUUAAAAGAAGUGGUGGACCAGUUGCCGUCCCCAAGAGGGCUGGUCACACAUUUCCCGUUCCAGUUCAUGCCACCUUCCUUCGUCACGUCCAACGCCAAGGUGAUCUACGUGAUGAGGAACCCAAUGGAUAUCAUCGUGUCGUCGUAUUACUUCCAUCAGAUGGCCACUUUCCUUGAGGACCCCGGAACUUUGGAUGAGUUUAUUGAGAAAUUCCUGCAAGGCAGAGUGUUGUUCGGCAAAUGGACGGACCACGUGAAGAGCUGGAGGAACGCAGACUUAGGAGACAGGAUCCUUUUCAUCACGUAUGAGGAAAUGGUUCAGGAUCUUCGUACGGCCGUAUGGAGCAUUUCACAAUUCCUGGGCAAGAACCUGAGCGAAGAAGUCAUUCAGAAGAUAGCGGAUCAUUGUUCCUUCAGGUCCAUGCAGGCCAACAACAUGUCCAACUUCAGUUUGAUCUCCAAGGACUACAUGGACACGGACAAGUCUCCGUUCCUUCGGAAAGGUGUCGCCGGGGACUGGAAAAAACAUUUUAGCGCUGAUCAAGUGGCCCACUUGUCCUCGGCCAUUUCCAAGGAGCUGGAGGGAGAGAAGUUCACGCUGCCGUGGAUCCUGGAUGGAACAGAAACUGGAGCAAAGACGUAAAUAUAAGUUGAAAUGUCACACAGAGCUGGACAUAGUAUCGUGGGCCAGAAUUGUCACUGGGAUCUUGGGCGUGUCUGUGUUCUUUCACCUUUGGGGAUUCUUGAUUCUUUAGCUGGUGUUCCAGUGUUUUUUAGUUAUCUUGUCGUUUAUAAAGCCAGACUUUCAUACAUCCUAAUUACUACACCAGCAGUAGUUGAUCUUCUAGAAGAUGCUGGGACUGAUUUUGUACUUCAAAUCAUUAACUGUACCAUUGCUGAAUUAAAUGUGAAAUUAAAAUGCUGCCCACUUACCAUUAUUUUUGUGUGUGAACAUAUUAUAAAUAUGGCAAACUGUCUAAAACUGCAGCACACUGUCACUCUUUAGAGCAGAGGUAGGGAACCUAUGGCUCGGGAGCCAGGUAGGGCUCUUUUGAUGACUGUAUCUGGCUCUCAAGCGUUUCUUACCACAAUAAAAAUGUAUUUUUGCUAACAUUUUAAAGUAAACAUCACGGAAAUGACUGUUAAAAAUAAUAUUCAAAAUCAACAACUUUCUUAUGCAUUUUAAUCCGUCCAUCUAUUUUCUACUGCAAUACGGCCGACCAUAUCUAUCUUUC